GCAGAGCCCAACAGUCCUCUGCAGGCAGCUGAUGGAGUGGGAGGGAGGAGGGUUCACUCAUGGCCGUAGAGCACCGUUUGUGUCUGCUCUACAGCAGCAGCAGCAUCAGCAGUGUGUGUGGAAAGGCGCUUUGUGCAUAAUCCGCUCUGAUGUCACGGUGCAGGAGGAGGGGCUGAGCUCUCCGCGUUAAUCCAGCAAGUUGUCUGAAGGGACAAAACACAAACCGAGCCAGGCGAGCAGGCACGGGAAGCAGGGGGCGAUGAGGACUGCAGCAGCCGGACCCGGGCCUCUCCUCCUCUGACAUGCAGGUAAAUGAGUGGAUGGACGUCCCGUCCUGCAGCCGGGGAGGGGACCGGGUUUGGUGCGGGGCAGGAAAGGGGUCGGAACUGUGCUGGAGUGGUUUUCACUGAUGGCGGACUCGACACCUGCAGAGAUUUAAUCCAGAUCGCGAGGAGGGUGAAAGAGAAGCAUGUAGACAGGUGACAGUGUGCAGGGCUGUGUAAAUGUGUCAGGUUUAGCAGGUACCCAGAUGUAUUGAAGGACUGUCAGGAUUUACGCGCAUGUUUUUUAUAUACAAUAACGCCUUUAACAUUGAUGGAUUGUUUCCUGUAGCGCGUUUCAAAGGGACAUGAUGGAGGAUACAAUGAUAUAAGGUUUAAACAUUUCUGCAAAGGAAGCUUCUGCCCUGUUAACAUGAAACCGUUCAAGGCCAUGGGAGGAGAUUUAAGAAGCAAGUAAGCCUUCAAAAUAAAAGCACUUGCCAGUUUGGCACUUGUUCAUGGAUUAACAGUCUCCCUCUGGAGCCAUGGCGUAGUCUUCAUGUAAACACAAGUUGUGCUGUGAGCAGUAUUUUAGCAGCUAAGAGGAGCAUGUUCUGAAAACUGUCGUUGGAUCACGCCCGAGCCAUGAGCCAGAAGUAUCAGGGAGAGGCGGCGGAGGCCGGAGAGGAGCAGAAGGUGAUGCAGAGGAGCAGGCAGCCCAACGGGACCUCACCUGGAGAUCCUCCGGUACGCCGCUCCUGGAGGCCAUGUCAGAUGCUCAACCAGGAUGGGGAACCGAAUCCUCAUCACCACCACCACCACCACCACCCUCCUCACCACCACCAACACCACCCGCCCUCAGGUCGUGGCCCCCCUCGGCAUCGCAGGCGGCCUCCGUCGGGACAGGGGCAGAGCCCAGCUCAGAGUCCAGGUUUGUCUCCAGAGGCGGUUUCUCCGAGGCAGGAUGUUGGAGAGUGUCGAGACGUAGAGCCUCGUCCCACCCAGCAGCCCCGUCCUGGUGUCACCCGUUACCGCCGUCAUGGCGACCCUAACCCUAGACUCAGAGGUCACAGACAGAGGCAGCCAAUCAGAGGGAGCCAGGACGCUUCGCCAGUGGAGGACAGAGAGACCGCAGGAGAGGUACGACAAUGUAUGUCAGAGGAUCCUGUAAUGGAUCACUCACAGGACAGGGCAUCUUCUCACCAGACCCCCAUAGCUGUCGUCACCCCCACCCACCUCUCACCUAGUCCUGCUGCCCAAAACAAACAACCCCACCCCCAAGACACCCCUCCAGCUGAGGCAGAGGAGGACCAGGAAAUCCAGGAGGGGAAAGUGGAGUGUGAAGAGGAGGCAGAGGAAGUGAAGGACCAUCAUGAAGAACAAGAACAGGCAGAGGAUGAUGCAGACCACCUCUCCACCACGGCUCACUCCAGCUGUAGUCAUGAGGACGUGCAGGCAGUGGAUGACGGAGCAGAGGAGCGUGCAGAGAGGGUGGAGGAGGAUCAGGAUGAGGUGAUGGAGGACGUAGCUGAGGACAUCGCGGCUCAGGGAAGUGAAAUCACAGACCUGUGCUCCGACACAGAGAGUGCCGCUUCGCUCAGCAUGGAUGGACCUCUGCACAGCCCGCCCCCGCUCCACUCGCCAACUCCUCCUUCCUCUCCAGAUGUCCCACCUUUCCCCCAGCUGGACCACUUCAGCGAGGAUGCCAGUAUGAGCCCCCUCCCUGACAAUGACCUCCUACCUGAGGAAGACGAUGAGGACUGCUCUGAAUCCUGCUCGCUGUCUCACUUCACGUCCGGCUCUGAAUCGUAUCCCAAAACCUAUGCAGACUUUUAUUCAGAGUCUCAUCCAAAAUCAUACCAGGAGCCGGUCUACGACUCAUACCAGGAGCCAAAAUCUCAUCCCAACUCUUUUCCAGAGCCUCUCAAGACCUCCUACCCCGAGUCACACAGAGAACCUCGCAGGCAAUCAGGUUGGAGGACCGAGCCGAACGACGCCCGCCAAGAGACCUUUACCAGCCAUAGACAGGAGAAUGUACAAAAAGUGGCACCGUCCUCACCUCCAAAGGGCUCCCAUUACGCCCCAAGAGGGCAGGGCAGAGACCGCAUUUCCCAUCACUCCCCUCUGGAUCGCUCUGUUGGCUGUCGGCUGCAUCACUACGACGGACAGUCUGAUGGUGAGGGGGACGGCGGUAAUCAAAGUCCUGUUCCAAAGAGCCGCAGGCAGGUUCAGAGACCAGGAGAAAGCCAGGCCAAGAGUCCUUCGUCCGGGCAGAGCAGCUCAGGUGACGCCCAGGAGGAGAGGAACUCUGUGGGUAACCAAGGAGAGGAGGGUACAAGGGGCUCGGGAGACGCUAUCAGCCUGGCGAUCAAAGACAUUAAGGAUGCGAUAGAGGAGGUGAAGAUAAAGGCGGUGCGCUCCCCGUACACGCCGGACCAGCCUGUGGAGCCGAUCUGGGUGAUGAGGCAGGAGAGCAGCCCGACAGAGGACCUUUACCCUCUGCAGACUACAGCUGGACAUUCUUCUCCUCACUCCCCCUCGCAGUCAGCGUCUGAGUCUCCGUCCCGCUACGCCUCAGCUCCAGUUCGAGAACCGGUCAGUCCGCUGAGAGCUGACUCAGCCCGAGCUCUUCCUCCUCAACAUUAUCACCAACAGCAGCCCCAACACAACCACCAACACCACCAACACCAGGGCCAGCAUCCACAGCAGAGGGACCCCGCCAGGCCGCCACAGACGUACACACAACCACAACCGUACCCUCAGAUGCCUCCGAAUCAGCAUCAGCAACGUCAACAUCAGCACCAACAACAGCGUCAGCAGCUUCCAGCUCAGCAGCCUCGACCACAAGUUCAGCCGGUAACACCACCUCAGCCUCCGUCCGUCCAGGAGAUCCGCAGAUCUCUGCCUCAGUUUCCAACAUUCGUGGACGUCCCAGGACCAUGUGACCCUGAAGACCUUAUCGACGGCAUCAUCUUUGCAGCCACCUACCUGGGCUGCACCCACCUGCUGUCGGAGAGGACGCCCACAAAGAGCGCCCGCAUGCAGCAGGCUCAGGAGGCCAUGAACAGAGUGCGGGCGGCUCAGAAACAAGCCAAGAACAGGAAGAAGAGCCCGGACAGUGAGGCUCCCUCUACGGCGGAGGUCGAUCUGUUCAUGUCCACGCAGAGGAUCAAAGUCCUCAAUGCAGACACUCAGGAGUCUUUAAUGGACCUUCCCCUGAGGACAAUCUCCUACAUCGCAGACAUCGGUAACAUGGUGGUGCUGAUGGCUCGGGGGAAGAUGGUCCGUUCCCGCAGUGCACAGGAGAACCUGGACCACGCUGCAGAGCAGACCACCAUGAGCCAUGACGACAGACGGCUGUACAGGAUGAUCUGCCACGUCUUUGAGUCUGAGGAUGCUCAGCUGAUCGCUCAGUCCAUCGGUCAGUCCUUCAGCGUGGCCUACCAGGAGUUCCUCAGGGCCAACGGCAUCGACCCCGAGGACCUGAGCCAGAGGGAGUACAGCGACCUGCUCAACACUCAGGACAUGUACAACGACGACCUCAUCCACUUCUCCAAGUCUGAGAACUGCAGAGACGUUUACAUUGAGAAGCAGAAAGGAGAGAUCCUGGGCGUGGUGAUCGUGGAGUCAGGGUGGGGGUCCAUCCUCCCCACCGUCAUCAUCGCCAGCAUGAUGCACGCAGGCCCGGCUGAGAAGUCUGGUCGGCUCAACAUUGGAGACCAGAUCAUGACCAUAAACGGGACGAGUCUGGUGGGUUUACCGCUGAACACCUGCCAGAGCAUCAUCAAGGGUCUUAAGUCUCAGUCCAGGAUCAAGAUGAACAUCGUCAGGUGUCCUCCUGUGACCAUGGUGCUCAUCCGCAGGCCGGACCUCAGAUACCAGCUCGGCUUCAGCGUCCAGAACGGCAUCAUCUGCAGCCUGAUGAGGGGCGGCAUCGCUGAAAGAGGAGGCGUGCGCGUCGGUCAUCGCAUCAUCGAGAUCAACAGUCAGAGUGUGGUGGCCACGCCUCACGAGAAGAUCGUUCAGAUUCUGUCUAACGCUAUGGGAGAGAUCCACAUGAAGACGAUGCCUGCAGCCAUGUACCGUCUGCUGACAGCGCAGGAGCAACCUGUCUACAUCUGAACACACACUUCUCACUCUUCCUCACCACAUGACUCAGUCUGUCUUUGCUACUCUCCAUCCAUCCUCAGUUAUUUUAACUCCUCUCUCCCUCCUCUCUGUAUCCCGUUUGAUAUCACUUGACUUGCCUUAAUCUGUACAGUAAACUGUCAUGUAAACAUGUACAUCCACUGUAUGACAGAAGGCAGAUUAUCUCACUAAGGCUGAGUGUUUAUGUGACGUAUUUUGUUUGACCAAAGAGAAAUCGUGGAUUUUAUUGUGCAUAUUUAGGUGGCAAACAGAGUAAAUAUUAUCUUUGGUUAAAUAGCUGUAAUAUCUGAAUGUACUCUAAUAUGUUGGACCUAUAAAAUGUCAGGGCCGACCAGAUGAAGAAGAACUUUGAAACUAAAACGUGGUCAUGUUAAAGGAGAAUGCAUGUACAAAUCUGCUGAAUAAACUUGGUGGUCAGUGAAUCCUGA